AUGCAUUCUUUGAAGGGUAAGAUAGAUUCUGGUUAUAAGAGGGUAGUUCGUACGGACGAGGAUGGUGGGUAUUACAGGUUAUUGGGUUUUCCUUUGGCUAUUCAAUUCUGGUUUUUCGAGUGUUGCCCGUAUGUUAUUGGGAAACUGUCCUUGUACUCAAAUGUUGGCAUUCCAAGGAUUUUGAAUUGGCCUAAAUUACCCAAGGACAAGGAGGGUAUGGUGAAAAUGGAUGUCAUGAACACCCUCAUUUUCGAUCGGUCUUUGAAAGAGUUAAAAUUAAGAAACAUCACUCCAACUUCCGUUGAGAGAUUGAGUUUGAGCCUCACUGAUUUUUUCUCUGGUGAGACUACUCCCGAGGCUGUAAAAUUCAAAAUUAAAGGUGGUUCCAAGCCUGCUGGUCAACCUGGCUUGAUGGGUGCUUCUUCAUCAUCUGCUCAUGCGAAUGUCUCCCGAGUUGAGUUUGAGGAAUUUAAAAAGUGUUUAUCUGUUGUUGUCAGCCAGCAAGGGAUUCUUAUGAAAUCUGUUGCUGAGAUGAACAAGAAGCUGGACAUUCUUAUUGAGGUGUUUUUUUUUAAUUGUCAUUACUUUUUCUGUUAUUUUUUUAGUAGUGUUUUUAUGUUGUUUUAUACAGUAGAUUAAUUUUUGAAUUUUUUUUUGUUCUCAGUCAUCCCAAGGUGGUCUUACUCACAAUGGAUCUCAGUCUGAAGAUGCUCUUCGUACUUUAGAAAAUGAGGAUGAUGAAGAUUCCACUUCGGAGGAAGACGAGGAUGAUAAAUUCGACGAUGACAAAGGAGAUGAUCAUCAUGACGAUGAAACUGAUGAUGAUGAUGAUGAUCUGGGUGGAGAUGGUGUUGGUGCUGGUCAGGAUGAGGCUCACACGGGCGAUGUUCGUAACGAUGACGGUGUUGUUGUCCCCGAGGUUAUUUUGAGGGAUGAUGAUACCGGUAAGGUGGAUGAUGCCAAGAAUUCUGAACCAGUGGAACCUCUUGCAGAGAUCAAACAGGUGUAUUUCUUGUUUGGACAUCAUUUUUUUUGUGCUUUUUUGUGUGGAUUUCUGUGUUUUGUGUUUGUUUUAAUAGUUUUUUACUGUUUUUUUUUGUUGUCAGCCUGAACUUUCUCAAGGUGGGGAGGAGAACAUUGAUGUUGAUGCAACAAUUGCAUCUGCUGUUAAAGCUGUGGAGAAUUUGGUUUGUGUUUCUGUUUUUGUUCCUUUGUAAUUUGUAUUUAUAUGGUAUUCUAUUGUUGUUUUUAUGGUGUUUUGAUUGUAGUAUUUGAAAUUUAAAAAAACUCUUUCUUUUUUUCUUUUUCUUUUUUAGAUUGGUUCCUCAACUCAUGCCACUGCUUCUGUUGAGACUUAUGAGAAGACUGAUCUUGAAAUGGUUGUUUUUCAAGAGACUCCUAUUUUACGUCCUCAAAAGAGGGAUCGGAAGAAAGGACCUGUUUUGAAAUCCCCAUUCAUUGAGCUUGCUUCUGGUGCAUCUAAAUCAGGUUCAUCCUCAGUUUCUCCUGAUGAUUCUGUGUAUAAGGUUGUUAAAUAUGUGCGUGGUUUGUGCCCGUUGGACAACAAGAUUGGUGAACCUGUCGAUCCGCAAUUGGAAACUGAGUUUGUCAAGUGGGUUGAUACAGGUCUUAGAAAGCAUAAAUCUAAGUAAGUAUUUUUGUAGGUGUUCACAGUUAUAUAUCUCUUAUCGUUUUCCAUUUAUUUUUUAUUUUUUUAUUUGUGUUUUGAUAUUUUUUUAUUUGUUUUUUUUAGCACAACAACUAAUGUGUAUUGUAAGGGUAAGGACACAAUAUUUCCGCCAUUUCAUUUUGGUGUUGAGGACAUCAGCAACAAGAUGUGGUUUCACAACCUUGCCUACCCUAAUUGUUUCCUUACCAAUUCUGUAAGUUUUUUUUUAUUAUUAUUAUUAUUUUACAUAUUGUUUUUUUUUAAUGUUUUUAAGUGUUGUUCUGUUAGUUUUUUAUAAGUUUGAAUGUUUUUUUACUUAUUUUUUUUUUGUUCAGCACAUUAACAUCAUUUUCUAUUAUCUUCGUAAGAAAAUAAUGUACUCAGCCGAGCCGAAAAUCAAAGUCACCACAACUGAUUGCCUCUUUUGUUCUAGCAUAACAACUUUGUAUGAGAAGUUUGUUGAGAAAAACAACGAUAUAUCGGUGUUGUCUCUUUCUCACAAUGUGGCCCAGUACAUUCAAGGUGGUAAGAUAUUAUGUGCACUCCUUGGCAUUUGGUUGAUCAUGUUGUUAUGCCUAUCAAUGUAAAAUUACAGGAUCAUUGGAUUUGUGGUCGUCUUAACAUAGCUGAGCGGCGGAUAUAUCUGUACAAUUCAUUGCGUUCUGGGAGGUAUAUGACAGCUGCCAAAGAGGCUUGCAAGCCUUUCUCUGUUAUUUUACCAUAUUACUUCUCUAUGUUAGACUUCAAAGGCCUUCGCAACGAAGCUAAGUUUAGCACUAUGGAACCGUUCCCUAUUGUUGCUGUUGAUGGUUUACCCGAGCAGGUCACAGCGUAAGUUUUAUGUUUAGUGUUCAAUGUUUUUCACUGGUUGUUUGUAUUUUUAUUUAUUUGUUAUGUGACUUUGUUUUUUAUCAGUGUUCUCAUAGUGUCUGUUUUUGUGUUUUCUUGUUGUUUUUUUCCAGUGAUUGUGGUGUUUUUGUAGCAUCAUUUGCUGAGUAUUUCAUUGAUGGCAAACCCAUCCCAUCCUCUGAUUUUGAUGUGGAAAUUCACCGCGAUCGUUUGGCUGUGUUAUUUUAUCAAUAUGGCAUGAAGAAGCAAACUGAGAACAUUGAAAGUGAAUCCGAGGCCCCUCCCAGCCUUCCCAAGAAGUGAUUUGUUUUUUCAAUCAGACUGUCAGUGUUCUUAUAGUUUUUUAAUGUUGUUUUUAUGUUUUUUAUGUUGUUUUUUCGUAAACAAACAUUGGUGUUCUGUUAUGUUUCCUUACGUUUUGUGUGGACAAUAUGUAAUCUUUUAUUUUUGUAUGUUUUUUCUUAUUAUUCUUAUGUACAAACAAGUUGGUAUGUUAAAGUUGUUAGUUUUUUCAUUUCACAUCCCUUCUUUUUUUGUUUUUUUUUUUUCUUAUAGUUUCUCUGUUUUUUUGAAUACAAAUAUUCAUUUCAGUAUUAAAAACACAAACUGUUUCAAUAUCAAACUUCAUAUAUAUAUAUAUAUAUAUUCUAUUUAGUAUCCAACAUCUUUUAAUAUCCAAUCUAAAGUAUCAACAAUUCCCAAUGUAAUCAAUGUUUUUCAAAUAAAAACUGUAUUCCCUUUGUAUUUCAGAAAUUUAAAUUCCUCAAUAUCUCAUUCUCAAAACGUAUGUGUAGUUUUCUUUUGUUUUUCUACUGUUGUUCUGUUGUUGUUUUUAUUCCCUUCUACGUCUUCUGCUGCAUGUUCUUUUGUUAUGCUCCAGUUCACCACAUUUGCUGCACUUGUUGUGUUGAUCCUUUUCCCAUCCAGCCUUCCUUCUUAAUGUUUUUGGUCUUCCUGAUUUUACUCUUUCAUGUGGAGGCAAGACUAUAAUAUUCUUCACUUCUUCCGGUACCUCCCACUCACUUUGGUGUCCUAUUGGGUAAACUGUCCCUGAAUAAGUUGCCAGCCAAUUUUUUUUUGUGUAGUAAUCUGAACAGUAGGUGUACGGGUCCAUGUUCAUCUCCCUCAUCACGGCCACUGCGUGCCCGCAUGGCAUUUCA